AUGACAUGUACUAUGGUUCCCCAGCUACAACGCUCGGGCGGAUCAUCCUCGGAGAAAGGGAAGAGCAAGCCAACGUUGGGCGCAACAGGCGUAGGCAAAAGUAAGCUUCUAAGCGCCAAGGCGAAAAAUCCCUACGCGGCCUAUUCUUCAUCCUGUGAGCAGUGCAAGACCAAGACCGAGCAGGGGAGGAAGUUUUGUCAGCGCUGUGCGUAUCAGAAGAAUGCAUGCCCAAUGUGUGGCAAGAAUCUGGCUGGUAAAUCUGCCAAGGAUCAGCCCAUCGUGCAAGGCCAGAAGUUCAACCUCAAGUGA